GCUCUUGAAGAAAGACUUCCUCUUGGUACAGUACGGUGCUUCGGUAUCGGAGCCCCUCUGGAAUCUCGCGCGAAUUGGAAAGUGACGAGCGGGCACGGCGCAUGCGUGUUCUCUCUUUUCUUCUGGCGGCCAUAAGCAAUCCGGGAGGGCGCCAACAUGAAAUUCAACCCAUUUGUAACGUCUUCCCGGAGGAAGAAUCGCAAGAGGCACUUCAAUGCUCCGUCUCACAUCCGCAGGAAAAUCAUGUCCUCCCCGCUGUCUAAGGAGUUGAGGCAAAAAUAUAAUGUUCGCUCAAUGCCCAUACGCAAAGAUGAUGAAGUUCAGGUCGUCAGAGGUCAUUAUAAGGGCCAGCAGAUCGGCAAAGUUGUCCAAGUGUACAGAAAGAAGUAUGUAAUCUAUAUUGAGCGUGUGCAGCGUGAGAAAGCCAAUGGUACCACAGUUCAUGUUGGCAUUCACCCCAGCAAGGUGGUGAUUACCAGGCUAAAGCUGGAUAAGGAUCGGAAGAAGAUCCUGGAACGCAAAGCCAAAUCUCGCCAAGUUGGCAAGGAUAAGGGGAAAUAUAAGGAAGAGACCAUUGAAAAAAUGCAGGAGUAAUCUUAUGUUCUGCUUCUACUUUAAAUAAAGACAUAUAGGGAAA